UGUUUUCCCGGUGUUGACCUUCGACCCAGCCCGCUCGCCAAGAGAGACUCAGUUCUUCGUCUUCGUCCAAAAUUUUUCCCCUUUUUUUUUCACUUUUGUUCAGAUUAGAAUCUCGCCUAUAAAUCAAUUCCCACCCCCCACCGUCUCCUUGCAUAGCUUCUAUCGCCGCGGCGUCGUGUUGCUCAGGCAAGGCAGGAGAGGAGCUUAUUCGGCCGGUACAUUGAGAUAACUCUUGCGAGGUCUUUUACUUCACUUGAGAAUCUGAUGGCGUCUAGUGCGAUGCUCGUAACGACGGCAGCGUUGGAUUGGGUUUCGGCGGCGUUCGAUGCACCUCUUGCGAGGGCAGUUGUUUUUGGGAUACAUAUUGAUGGUCACCUGGUUGUUGAAGUGCUUCUAAUAGCUGUCAUCUUGUUCCAACUUUCUCGAAAGAGCUACAAGCCUCCAAAGAAGCCGCUGACAGAGAAGGAAAUUGAUGAUCUUUGUGAUGAUUGGGUUCCUGAGCCAUUGUGUCCCCCAAUUUCUGAAGAGAAGCAAAUUCAAACUCCUACUUUGGAAAGUGCUGCUACACCUCAUACAAUUGUGGAUGGAAAGGAAGUUGUGAACUUUGCAUCUGCAAAUUAUCUUGGAUUGAUUGGAAAUGAGAAAAUAAUCGAUUCAUGCAUUGGUUCACUCGAGAAAUAUGGUGUUGGUUCCUGCGGUCCUCGUGGUUUUUAUGGGACGAUAGAUGUCCAUCUUGAUUGUGAGAAAAAAAUUGCAAAUUUCUUGGGAACUCCAGACUCAAUUCUUUACUCUUAUGGAAUAUCAACUAUUUUCAGUGUUAUACCAGCCUUUUGUAAGAAAGGAGACAUCAUUGUCGCUGAUGAGGGUGUCCACUGGGGUGUCCAAAAUGGGCUAUAUCUCUCUAGGAGCACUGUUGUUUAUUUCAAACACAAUGAUAUGGCUUCGCUAGAAAGCACUUUAGAGAAACUAACUCGUGGAAAUAAACGGGCAGAAAAAUUGCGGCGCUAUAUUGUAGCAGAAGCUGUAUACCAGAAUUCUGGCCAAGUAGCCCCAUUGGAUGAAAUCAUUAGAUUGAAAGAGAAAUACCGUUUCCGUGUUAUCUUAGAUGAAAGCCAUUCAUUUGGUGUACUUGGGAACUCCGGCCGUGGCCUAGCUGAGUAUUGUGGGGUCCCGAUCGAGAAAAUUGAUAUCAUAACUGCUGGAAUGGGAAAUGCACUAGCAACGGAUGGAGGAUUUUGUACUGGAAGUGUCAGAGUUGUCGAUCACCAACGUCUCAGUAGCUCAGGAUAUGUCUUCUCUGCAUCGCAGCCUCCCUACCUCGCAACUGCUGCAAUUUCUGCAGUUGAUUACUUGGAAGAAAACCCAUCUGUUCUUGCAACACUGAAGAACAAUAUUGCUUUGCUAAGAAAAGGCUUAACUGACGUAGCAGGACUUGAACUUUCAAGCAGUCCACUGUCACCUAUUGUCUUUCUUAAACUGAAGAAAUCUACAGGAUCCCAGGACAAGGAUUUGCAUGUUCUUGAUCAGAUUGUCAGCAGGAUCCUUCAUGAAGAUUCAGUUUUCCUUGUGACAUCGAAGAGGUCUACUCUUGACAAAUGCCGACUUCCGGUCGGAAUCCGCCUAUUUGUUUCGGCAGGCCAUUCUGAAUCUGAUAUUUUGAAGGCUGUUGAUUCCCUGAAGAGAGUUGCAGCGCUGGAGCUGGCAUAGAAUAGAUUAGAAGUCUCUUCAAAGGGAAGGAUCCAGCUUCAGUCAACUCAGCUGUUUGAUUCACUUCACAUACAUAAAUAUUUGCUUAUUUUUUUGCUUUAGGUUUGAAAAUAGGCACCUUUUGUUCUCUGCAAGCUGUCUUAAACUUAUUCAAGGAGCUGGGUAUGGCUUGUGGUUUGGUAUUGUAGAGAUGUUAUAUCUGUUUCAGGUGUACACUAUUAAUUAGAAUCAACUGUCAAUUGCCUUACCCUAUCUCUCUCCUAAUAAAAUUCUUAUGAUAUUCCUUG